AUGACACUCGACUCCGAGAUUGCUGAACCCGCCGCUUCGAUUACGCAGCCCAACGCUACGCAGAGCAUGGGCUCCCUUCAGCCCUCCGACGCGACGUCACGGCGGAAGGUCUUUAAGAAACCAGUUCCGAGGUAUCCCCCAGGGAUACCUAUUCACAAUGCCGCGCAAAGCACGGGAUCCCUUCAGCCAUCCAACGCGACGUCACAGCAGGCGGCCGGACAGAAGGAAGUCCCUCGGUAUCCUCCAGGGAUACCAAUUAGCCACGUCACGCGGGGCAUGGGCUCCCUGCAGCCCUCCGAUGCGAUGUCGCGACAGGAGGCAGAGAAGAAGCCGAUUCCAAGGUAUCCUCCGGGGAUACCCAUCCCCGCUAAUCGCCGCGGACAUCAUCGCCAGGAAUCAACCAAGUUCUCAUCUGCGAACUCUUGGAGUUCAAAUCCAAUUACGACGCAAGACAACCAUGCGGGCAAACGUGUUCCCUUGUCCAUCGACAUACGCAACCUCUCCGAUGCUGCAUUCGCUGCCAGAGGGCAAGCUCUGGCUGAGCCAGCGGUCCACGCUGGUACUAUCUUGAACCCCGUAUGGAUCAAUACGCCACGCGUCGGCCUGCAGCACACGAUGCACACGACGAACCACCUUCUCGAGCCUUUCAGGAACGGAGGCGACAUCCUCAACCCUGCGUGGGUCGAAAACGCGCGCGUGGGUCAGGGCCAAGUAGCCGGCGCCCACGGGCACCAACUCGAGGCCUUCAGACUCGAUCCUACCCGCGACCCAGCAUACGCAGGAGGCCUGCGCAGGUGGGGCGACAGAGCGGCGCCACGAGGCGUGCCUCCCAAGUCCCCGAUCUACGAGUACGGUCAAUCGGACGAGUACGACUGGGCUGUCGCAGCCAGUACGUACGACCACCUUCAACUCGAAGACACGCGGUUCGCGGUGGACUUCUUGGAUAUGUGGAAGUACGAGUCGGAGGUCUUCAGAGAGUUGAACGAAAAGUGGGUCCGAGAGGCGCUGGUCGCGGACGAACGGCCGGAGGAAGAACCCAUAUUGCUCAAGGAGGUUCACUUCGAUGGGAGCACGGGGUUGCUCCUGGCCAUGGCGGACGACACCACGUUGGACGGAGGUUCUGGGGACACGUCGUCCGGUGGACUGCCAUCGUUGCCGGUCCUGGACGACAUCGUUCCGGGGCUUGUCGGCUUGGGUCAGGCGUUCGAGGAGGAGCGACGGCAGUGA